AUGCAUGCUAGGGAAUGGGUAAGCGGUCCAGAUGGUCGUGUCUACCAAUUCCAUGUUGGAGAGCAAAGUUGGUUGGCUGCCAGAGAAUUUUGCCUGGCACAAAAUUCUGAACUAGCCAUUCUUAGGAGUAAAGAACAAAUUGAUUGGCUUCUUAGCCAUUAUGCACCAACUUACACACGAUUUCGUGAGCGUUACAUGCAGAUCGGCUUGCUUUUGCCAGAUGGUCCUAAUCGUGAAUGGAUGUACCUGGAUGGCUCGCCCUACAAUCAGUCCGUGGUGUAA